UGGGUGGAGGAGAGGACUCGCCAUAACUUCGUGUUCUCUCGCCUGUCGAGGGGUUUCGGCAGACUUUUUGGGGCCGGUUUCCACCUUGUCGAGUGUCGGCUGAGGAGUGUCGCUGGGUUGGGGGACCCCUGGUUUCUGGGACAUCGGACAACCUGCCAUCCAUCCAAUGUGCGUAAAACGGCUCUAUUUCCUCGCCGUCCUGUCCGGACUCGCAGCUUCAGGUGUGCUGCGGGUCAGCGGGAUGCGUGUGUACACGUCUGGAGAGGUGGAGGCGGUCAACGGGACGGAUGUUCGUCUCAAGUGCACCUUCCAGAGCUCCGCCACCAUCAACCCCAAAACUAUCACUGUCUCCUGGAGCUUCAGGCCCCUCGCACCUGGUCGAGAGGAGUCGGUCUUCUACUUCCACGAUCGACCCUACCCGCCUACAGAGGGCCGUUUCAGGAAGCGUGCACUGUGGGCUGGUGACAUCAUGGGCCGCGACGCCUCCAUCAUCAUUCGAGAAGUCAAGUUCACCUACAAUGGAACCUUCAGCUGCCAGGUCAAGAACCCGCCGGACGUCCACGGCAACGCUGGAGAGGUUCGACUGCGUGUUGUCACCACAGCCUCUUUCUCUGAGCUUCUGCUUCUGGCAUUGGCCAUCGGGGGCGCUAUUGCCGUUGUGGUCAUCAUCCUCAUCAUCAUCGUGUCCUGCCGGAGGUGCAGGAGGAGGAGGGAGAGGCAGGAAAUCAACGAGGAGGCUCCGCGCAAAGAAAGAAAAGACCCUACCGCGUGCCACCCAUCGAGGGCCGUACAUCUCUACGUAUCACAGACGUCCAUAGAGAUUGACAGUUCAGAUGGCAUGAUCUCAGAGGCCAGCACCAAAGACCCCAGCUCCUCAGAGGAGGAGGAAAGGAGCUCAGAUGAGGAUUGCGGUGGGGAUUCUGACUGAGGAGGAGGGGACAGACAGAGAGAUGGAAACAAAAGCAGCCAGGCAGCUUGCUGGAAGGACACAUAGACGACACAGCAGGAUUAAGUUCUGUGGUUUUGUCGAGAGGUGAAAUAAAUGAAGAGAGCCUUGCUGGUGUUCAACAUCACAUGCUGAACACAAGUACUUCGCUUGUGAGUGAGAGGAGAAUGGAAGGAAAGUUCCAUUUCAAAUUUCCAAUCGAAGCUUUUAAUGAUCAUCAAGGCUUUCAAAGUGGAAGAACAAAUGUGAGAGGCUUUACUUUGAGGAUGUCUACUCCCUAAGACAGUACUAUUUAUGCAAAGGGAAAAAAUAUGGGACUUUUCAAAUGAGAAGCAUUGGCAUCCCAAUGCUGGCAGUUCAUGUUUGCCCUCUAUUAAUGACAUACGUGACUACUAUCUUGAUGGGAACAUGGGACAAUUCGUGUGAAAUAUUUGUCAAAUGCUUUUGUCAUGGACUUUGUUAGGUAUAGGAAGGCAAGACAACGGCAGGUACAACAUUAACCAAGGAGACCGUUGUCCAGCCAGCGUCGUACAGCAGCUUAUUAUGUGACCUCUAGUGGUCCUGUAAAUAAUGACACUGUGAUGUAGAACUAAGGGAGCAAGAAAAUCCAUGGAAGGAGUUUGGUGGGAUGGCAGAUUGGUGAACUAACACCACUUUCACUAAGUCAACCCGGGUUCAAAUCCACAUCAGAGCUCUGUUCAUUUUUAGGUAAUUAAUGUUAGCCUAACCUUAACCAUUAUGACAAAUCUUUCCCUAACCUUAACAAUAACCUUUUCCUAACCUUAACCAAGUAUUUUUAGUGGCUAGAGAGCUAGCUAGUGGGAUGUUUGUGGGUCGUAUUGGAGACACUUCUGGGGGUCGUCUUAAUAGAGGGUUGGAACAAACAACCUAUGUAGUCCGAUGGGUUGGACGACUUGUUGCAACCAAGAUAUCAGCAUGUAGGAACCAGUUACAGUGAAUAAGAAGGGUGAUCUGUUUACCUGUCCUAAUGAGGCACCUUUGUAAGAACCUAACUUGCCUACAUGACCAUUGUAGAAUCUAUGAUUGUCUCAGAUACCGAGUGUACAACUGAAAGAACUAAAGAAUAACAUAGGGGUCUUACAUUUCGAUCACUUGUGGAAGAUAUCAUAAUACCGUCUAAUCUGCAAGCAGGCACUGAAAGAAGUCUUACUAUCUGACUCUAGGCUUUGGCACUCAAAAACUAUAAGAUUCUUGAAUGAGCUUGUGUGUCAUUAUCUCUGUUUAAAGGCCAAAUUCUUGAUAAGGGAACAUCUGCUUGCAUGCAGCUGUUCUUAGUGUCUGGGGAGUGUGAGAGUCCCAACAGAAGCACACAGUCAGAUCUGAAAACCCUUUGAUUGCAAAAAUGUCCUUGAGACCUUAUUUCCUCUCCAAGCAUUCAUGAAUGCAUCACACCUACUAACAAAUGACUGUACUAGAUGCCAUUCCUCCUUCUUUUGGCAGAAUUGUGUACUUGUGACGUAAAACUGAGCAAUGUGUUUUCCGUGUUUUGUUCUGUUUUUUUUUCUUUUUUUUAUUAGAAAUUGCCAGAAGUAUUUUAUGCUGUCGUUUUGAACUUAAGUGUCAGAGUAUAUGUUUGUGUAUGUUAUAGAAGUUUUAUAAAGUGAUUUUCUAAUAAAAAUGCCUUUAAA